CUAAAUAUGAUCGCUCCUGCAAACAUCCCAUGCUCAGGGGAACUUGGACCAUCACAAAGAAGGAUUUAAACUAUUGCAAGGAAGCUUGUGAAUUUGCGUUGAACAACACACAGAGGGUCUGGAACUGGGAUUACUGCUUUAUGUAAAGGGCAAAAGAAGCCAGCCCAGGAAGAGAAAAAGACAGGCGAUCUCUUGCAUGAAUGCGGAUUAUAUUUUCCAACAUCUGUGCUAUUAACCAACGGAUAUGUCAUCCCUUUUAAAAGAAGAUAUGGAAAAAAAACUUUUUAAGCCAAAAGGACACGCACUGUAUGAGUUCAUCGAGACAAAGUCCAAACUUAAGGAGAGGUAUUACCUUUGUACAUCAGUGUCUAAAGAAGAGGAAGUUCAUAUAUCCCUAAUAAAGCACUACAGGGUGUGCUUGGAAGAAAAGUAUGAGGUGACAGAGACGUGGUUACUUAAAGACUUGGAGUUUAUUGAUGGAAAAGAAGCAGAUACCGAUAACCCUUAUUUCGACAUGAUGUUUGAAGAACUCUGUAGUAUUGAAGCCUAUAGCUGUGCCUCAAAAUAUGCUUUUGCAAGAAGUCUAAUUAAACUGAAUACGCUCUACACCAAAAGGGACAUCAAAGUUUUUAAUUUUGACUCUUCAUAUAUAGAAGAUGGCGUCAUAUGGUCUUCAAACAAUGGGGAUUGUUUAGUACUAAUGAGAAUAUGCUUUUAUGCAUCUAAUCUUCUGUGCCUCUCUCUUUGUCCAAUGCCAUAG